GGUGCGCGUGCGACACGGGGGCGGGAAUCACCCGGAGCCUCCUUCCUCUGCGGAUUCCCCACCCCGGCGCCAGCAGCUCCCACCACCCAGGCUCCGUUUUCCGGGGGCACCCACGCCGGGCACCUCGCCCCCGGGCGACCGCGCGGGCGCCGCGGGCGAGGGGAGGCGGGGCGGGGAAAGGGCUGCAGGCGCGGGGAGGAGCCGGGCGCGGGCGGUGGCGCGGAGCGGCUCCGGCGGCCGGAGGCGAGGGCGCGGCGGGCAGCGGGGCGCGAUGGCGAGGAACGCGGAGGGCGUCCUGCUGCUGCUUCUGAUCUGCUUUUGCUUUGGAAAUGCACUCCAUUUAGAGGCCUUAAACACAGGACAGGAAAAUAAGCUGCUUCCUAAACACACCCACUUAGUGCGGCAAAAGCGAGCCUGGAUCACCGCGCCGGUGGCUCUUCGGGAAGGAGAGGAUCUGUCCAGGAAGAAUCCAAUUGCCAAGAUACAUUCUGAUAUUGCAGAAGAAAAGGGAAUCAAAAUCACAUACAGAUACACUGGAAAAGGCAUCACAGAGCCACCUUUUGGUAUCUUUGCCUUUAAUAAAGACACUGGAGAAUUGAAUGUUACCAGCAUUCUCGACCGAGAAGAAACACCAUUUUUUCUGCUAACUGGUUAUGCUUUGGAUAAAGAAGGAAACAAUCUAGAGAAACCAUUGGAACUCCGCAUUAAAGUUCUCGACAUCAAUGACAACGAGCCGGUGUUCACGCAGGACGUCUUUGUUGGGUCUGUGGAAGAGCUGAGUGUAGCACAUACACUCGUGAUGAAGGUCACGGCAACAGAUGCGGAUGACCCCAGCUCUCUGAACUCUAAAAUCUCCUACAGAAUCGUAUCUCAGGAGCCUGCUGGUUCUCCGGUGUUCUACCUAAAUAAAGAUACAGGAGAAGUUUAUACAACCACUAUUACCUUGGACAGAGAGAAACAUAGCAGCUAUACUCUGACAGUAGAAGCAAGAGACGGUAAUGGACAAAUAACAGAUAGACCAGCAAAACAAGCUCAAGUUCAGAUUCGUAUUUUGGAUGUCAAUGACAAUUUACCUGAAGUGAAAGGUGAAAUGCUUGAAGGGAUAGUUGAAGAAAAUCAAGCCAAUAUAGAAGUUAUGCGCAUAAAAGUGUUUGAUGCAGAUGAAGUAGGCUCUGAUAAUUGGUUAGCAAACUUUACAUUUGCAUCAGGAAAUGAAAUGGGUUAUUUCCGCAUAGAAACUGAUACUCAGACUAAUGAAGGAAUUGUGACCCUUAUCAAGGAAUUAGAUUAUGAAGAAAUGAAGCAUCUUGACUUUAGCCUCAUUGUCACAAAUAAAGCACCUUUUCACAAAUCCAUUAAGAAUAAAUACAAGCCGACACCCAUUCCCAUCAAAGUCAAGGUGAAGGACGUGAAAGAAGGCAUCCGUUUUAAAAGCAGCACCAUCUCAGUUCGUACUAGCGAGAGCAUGGACAGAUCAAGCCAAAGCAUGAUAAUCGGAAAGUUUCAAGCCUUUGACGAAGACACUGGAAAACUAGCCCAUGUAAAAUAUGUCAAAUUGGAAGAUAGAGACAAUUGGGUCUCCGUGGAUUCUGUCACAUCUGAAAUUAAACUUGUAAAAAUUCCCGAUUUUGAAUCCAGAUAUGUCCAAAAUGGUACAUACACUGUGAAGGUUUUGGCUAUUUCAGAAGAUUCUCCUAGAAAAACCAUCACUGGCACUGUUAUCAUCACAGUUGAAGACGUCAACGACAACUGCCCCACACUGGUCAACCCCGUGCAGAACGUCUGCGAGGACGAGCAGUUCGUGAACGUGACCGCGAAGGACCUGGACGGUUACCCGUACAGUGACCCUCUGACUUUCGUUGUCGUUGACCACCCCGCUGGAAUGGCAGAAGAAUGGAAAAUCGUGCACAGAGAAGGUUCCAGUGUGUUGCUACAACAAAGAGAACGAAAACUUGGGAGAAGUGAAAUUCAGUUCCUGAUUUCCGAUAAUCAGGGUUUCAGUUGCCCUGAAGCGCAGACCCUAAAGCUCACAGUUUGCGAGUGCCUGGACGGCAGUGGCUGUGUGGAGGCGCUGCGUGAGGGCUACGUUGGCCUGGGGCCUGCAGCGGUCGCCCUGAUCAUUUUUGCUAUUCUGCUCUUACUACUUGUACCCCUUCUUUUGCUGAUGUGCCACUGUGGAGAGAGCGCCAAAGGCUUUGCCCCCAUUCCUGGCACCAUAGAGAUGCUGCAUCCUUGGAAUAAUGAAGGGGCACCACCUGAAGACAAGGUGGUGCCAUCGCUUCUGACGGCGGAUCACAGAGAGAGUGUAGUGGGCAGUGGCGCAGGAGUUGGAGUAGGGGCUGUAGCAGUCAAGGAGUCCACUGUGAAAGGGAGCAGCUCGGCUUCCUUUACCAGAGUGCAGCAUGACAUGUCCGAGGUGGACGGGAGGUGGGAAGAACACCAAAGCCACCUUUCUGGGGGUGCCACCCAGGUGACAGGGACAGCAGGAGCCGUCGUAGGUGGUGAAACCAUAAGGACCACAAGAGCCACGGGGGCUUUCAGAGACUUGGCUGGAGUUCGAGCAGCUGCUACUGCAGCGAACGAGGAAUUCUUACGAAGUUAUUUCACUGAGAAAGCUGCCCGUUGUACUGAGGAAGAUGACAAUCACACAGCCAAAGAUUGCCUUCUGGUCUAUUCUCAGGAAGAAACUGAGUCUCUACAUGGUUCCAUUGGUUGUUGCAGUUUCAUCGAAGGAGAGCUAGAUGACCAUUUCUUGAAUGAUUUAGGAUUUAAGUUCAAGACACUAGCUGAAGUUUGCUUAGGUCAAAAAAUAGAUAUGGAUAUGGAAAUUGAGCAGAGGCCAAUCCCUGAGAGAGAAACAGCUUCUCAUUCACUCUCUGAGCAAACAAGGGUUAACUCAGAGAAUGUCUAUUCCUCUGGAAGUAGCUUUCAAGUUUCAAAACAUUUGCAUGAAGCAAAUGCAGAGCAAAUAACGCAGGAAAUAGCCACCAAAAAGUCUGUGUCUUCUAAGCAGGAUCAAAAGGUAGCUACACCUCUCCCUAAUUCAUUGGCUUCUGGUAGUGUCACAGUGACAGAAACCUUUGCCACAGGCUCCACUGUUUCACCACCAAGCACUGUGAUCCUGGGCCCCAGACAGCCGAAGGGCCUUAUUGUGACGGAGCGAGUGUACGCCCCAGCUGCUACCACGGUAGACCAGCGUUAUGCUAAUGAGGGUAAUGUCAUGGUGACUGAGAGGGUUAUGCAGCCCAACAGGGGCCUGCCUGGUCUUCUGGAAGGCACUCCGUACCUGCCGGAUGGGCCUUAUGUUGUGGUCAGGGAGAGAGAGAGCUUCCUUACUGCCAGCUCAGGUGUGCAGCCCACUCUGGCCACGCCCAGUGCGGCAGCAGGGCAGAACGUGACGGUGGUGGAAAGAGUGCUAACACCCGCUUCCACCCUGCAGUCCAGUUACCCGGCUGCGGCUGAAACCUCCAUGACAGCCGGAAAGACCGUGGUUUCUGGAGCUGGAGUCCCUGGCCCUCUCCCAAAUUUCGGUUUCAAGGAGUCUGGGCAUUCUAGCUCUACUGUAACCACGGCGUCCACCAGAGUCUCCAAGCACAGCACAGUGCAGCGUUCUUUCUCCUGAACGGUCAGCCGCCGUCGGACCCAGAGCUGAACGAGCAAUGAGUGAGUUCCUGUUUUCAAUGGGCCUGCCUUUCCUUGCGGCUCACAGACAUAAGAGGUACCUCCACCAAAGUAAAACCUCAGUCACUUUCAGACCAUGGACCUUGCUCUCUUAGCGUCCAGGAGAGACCUUCAGAAAUGCCCUUGGACGUCCCAAGGGUGUAACCAUGACAGUGUGUCUUAAGUGCCUUUCAGUGAGUUGUGGCCAAACAAUAUUCACAAAGCAAGUUCAACAGAGAGUAAACCUGGCAUCUAAGAAUAUCCCAGAAUAACACGGAGCGUCCGGUUCCUCAGCCGCACCGUAGAGCAAUCAUGAGCCAACGGGGCUGCUGCACACUGUGCCCACAUUUCACGUUGCUCCUCUAUAGCCAUUCUUCCCGCCCCAGCAGCUGUCAAACACUCAUUUACCCAAAGACAAAUGCACAGUUUGGGUGACCGUUGUGCUUGUUUUCCUCAAGAACAGAGGCCUUUCGGUCAGUGUCACAGUGAUAGAAUUUUGGAACAUUGACAUGGUAAAAACACAUGUUUCUGUGCAUGUAACUUUGUGUUGUGUGACCUUAAAAAUAACAUUGUGUCUUCCCUUUGUCCCUCAAUAAUGAAAAUAGUGAAUACCUCCAAUUCAGCUGAAUAAUCCAGGGGAAAAUUCAUAAAUACAAGAUCACUUUACUUUUUAUAGUAGUAAUAUACUAUUUAUAAAACCUCAGGAUAUAUUCUAUUCUAAUUUUGCACAGCUGAACUAACCACUAGACCAUUUACACUGUGAGAAGAACCGUGCUUAUUUCAACGCUUUUGUUUAUCCUCAGUGUCUAACAUGGACGCCAAAGCAACAGCUGUAGAAUGAAACUGGAUGAUAGAAGCCACUCUCUUUAAUCUGUAAUUUCAAAACAUGGAAAGACCUUCUCACUUCUAUAGUGAUGAGUUUGAAAUUAAGAUUUUACUCUCUGUCUCAAACUCAACACAUCAAAUAUGUAAUUGAUAUGAAUUUGUAUGUCGUCCUUGGCCCUUUUUGAAAAGUGAUUUGGGUAUUUUGACCAAAUAAAUAGAUUGUAUUUCUAUUGCUCCUUGAAAGAAGAAGUUAUUCCAAGUUGCAAAGUAUAUGUGCCUCUGAGUAACAAUUUAUAUAAAUACUCUUCACAACAAAAAUAGUUUUCCUACAUUUCAAAUACUGUGUAAUUUUGUGGGUUUUCAAAAUAUUCUGCUUUGAGAAUGAAAUCUUUAAAAAUUUAUUUUUAUAGCACAUUUAUAGAAAUAUUGUUGACUCAUUGUGUAAUGUAAAAUAUUGAUACUUUUUGCUCCCACAGACUGUCUGUGAAUAGAAGAUAAAUAUCUUUAGAUAUCAUAAGUCAAUGGCCAAAGCGAAGGUCCUUCUUCCCUCUGAAUUUUGUGCUCUCUACUUAGUAGGUGGUGUUACUUUUUUUUCAAUGUAGACUUAGUAGUUGCACUUUGCAAGUACGCAACGGGAGAGUCACUGCCGUGUGAAACGUAAAAAUGGCCUGAGUACUUCGAACAAAACGUGGUCUUAAACUUGCGGGAGCGGUCCAAAAACGCUAGCCUAGCAAAUGUGUCUAGUGAAAUCACAUUUUCUUAAUGGUUCUUUGUUCCCAAUAGGUGAUUUAUAUUAGCUUUUACAUUUAUCCCUGGAAAAACUAUAUUUGUAUGUGUAUCAUCAAAAUAUUUAAAUUAAAAAAAACAUGCUCUUUAGAGCAACUCUUUGCCCGGAUCUUUUUAUUGCUCUGUCCUGUUUCACAAAGAAUGUAGCUGGUGGUUGAGAGCCGAGCUGGCGCCCUGAGGGCAGGUGCCUGGUGGACUUUGGUGUUUUAAUUAGAGCUGCUGACACCAGCUCAGCCAGCCCCUUGGAAGAGCACAUUCUCCUUCCUAAGUAGGAUAGAAGAUAAGAAGGCCCAGUUAAAUCUGAAUUUCAGAUCAAUAUUAUGUUUUUAUAGUGUAAGUAUGUCCCUUAGUAAAGAAUUAUCUGUUACCUGAAAUUCAGAUUUAACUGGGCGCUCUAUUUCUGUUUGCCGAGUCUGGCAACCUUGUUCUUAAGGGACUGAAGUUGGCUUCCUGCCCAGAACAACACAGGAGGUACCUGUCGCAUCGGCUGCAGAAAUCUUACACGUCUGAUCCAAAGAGAGAAAAUCAUGAAAUUGAACCAACAUUGAAGGGCUGUUUUAGCUGCUUGUCAUAGUUUACAGGGGGAAAGAUCAAAGUUCCUGCCUGUACUAUGAUGUCAUGUUAAUAAAUACUGUGGACACUGGCACACCGAGACACCCUGUGGCGUGAAGAUGGUGUUACACUCCUGCGACCCCAGGGCUCAUUCCCCAGGUGGCACACGGGGGCAACUUUUGGUUGAUUUCAUGAAUCUGCCGACUAUAUCUCCAUCAUUGCUACAUCAAACUUUAUACAAGAAAAUACUGCUUAUCAAGUAUCGCCUGGAAAUCAUGUAUUUCAGAUAACUUUCAGAUUAU